ACGAAAAGAAUAAGUGUGAUGAGUCACUACAACUUGUCAUGUUUGUCAUUAAAAGUAAAGUAUAAAAAUUGUUAAUAAACAUUAAGUAAAUUUUAAUUAUAAAUAUAAUUUCUUACUAUAUAUAUGCGUUAAUUCGCACGAAAUGUUAAUUUCUACGAAUAUAUCACCGAAACAUUUAAAGUAGUAUGGCAGAGGGUCACAGCAGCGAUGAUUCAGAUCUGGAAACUCAUACGGAAUUUUCAGGUGUGUUAAGUAAAUGGACGAAUUACAUACACGGAUGGCAGGAUAGGUACAUAGUAUUGAAAAACGGUACACUUUCUUAUUACAAAAGUGAACAAGAAAGCGGUUACGGAUGUAGAGGAGCCCUAUCUCUCGCCAAGGCUGUCAUAAAACCCCACGAAUUUGACGAAUGCAGAUUUGAUGUAUCUGUAAAUGAUUGUGUGUGGUAUCUGCGGGCGAAUUCGGUUGAAAGUAAACAGAGUUGGGUCGAGGCUUUAGAAUCUUUCAAGGUCGAAUCUGGUUACGGCACCGGCUCCGAAAACAGCCUGAAACGUCAUGGUUCGACUGUCAGUCUGCAAUCGAACACGUUCAGUACCGCUUCCGGUAACAGUUUCAAAAAAUCCUCGCGAAACGUCAAAGAAAAAUUAGCCGAAAUAGGCACUUUCAAAGACAUAUUAUGCAGACAAAUCGACACCUUGCAAGGGUAUUUCGAUUAUUGCGUUAAGCAUGCCAAAAACGGACCGCCCUUCGCGGACAAAGUGCUCGAUUUCAAAGGGGAGGCGUUGACUUUCAAAUCGACCACUACGGCAGUCAUAGAAACCUUGGAACAUUGUGCGGAAUUGAUGACCCAACGUGAGGAAUCUUGGCGGAAACGACUCGAUAAAGAAGUGGAGAAACGCAAAAGGGCCGAGGCUUUAUCGCAAUCGUAUUUCACGCAAAUACAGAAGAUCAGAAAUGUACAUCCGGGACCGGACCUCGAGGAAGGACCUCACAGUGUUUUGGCCGACGACGAAUUUUACGAUGCUCUAGAAUCCGGUCUGGAUAAGAUGGAGGAGGAACAGGAAUUGAGGGAUAGAUUGAAAACGGGUCAAAUGGUACCCGAUACUCCUCCUCCUUCGACGUCGCCCGCUACUUUACACCGACUUUGGCCGGAGAUCGAACACGUGGUACACACCCAAAUAGAAAUCGCCAAAAUGGGUAUCGGCGAAUGCGGCGUCGGUUGGCAAUUAUUCGCCGAAGAUGGCGAAAUGAAAAUGUACCGGCGAGAAGAAGAAGUCGACGGUAUGGUGUGCGACCCCCUUAAAGCCGUACACGUAGUGAAAGGCAUCACCGGACACGAAGUCUGCCAUUAUUUCUUCACCCCCCAAUACCGAUACGAUUGGGAAACCACCUUGGAACACAUGACGGUCCUGGAAACCAUAUCGGAGGACACUCUGGUAUUUUUGCAAACCCACAAAAGGAUUUGGCCUGCAAGUCAACGCGAAGGACUGUUCUGGUCGCAUAUAAGGAAAUUGCCCAACGAAAAAGAUCGAGACGGUCCUGAUAUUUGGGCGGUGGUUAAUAAUUCCAUGGAUUAUCCCGGUUAUCCUGCUAACAACGGUAAAUGCGUGAGGAUUUUCUUGACGGUGUGUCUGUUGUGUCAGACUACCGUCGAUCCUCCCAAGGACGGUAAAUCGUUGACGAGGGACAAUUUAUCGUGUAAAAUAACUUACUGCUCCGUAGUGAAUCCCGGGGGUUGGGCGCCGGCUUCGGUGUUGAGGGCGGUUUAUAAGAGGGAGUAUCCUAAAUUUUUGAAACGUUUCACAGGUUAUGUCAAAAAUCAAACGAUACAUAAGCCGAUUAUGUUUUGAUCGAUAUUGUUAAGUCUAUUUUAUUACAAAUUCGUUUGUUUAUUAUAUAAAUACUAUUAAAUAUUAAAUAAAUAAUCAAAUUUG